UUCAAGCAAGUCACAAGCACUCGAAUAAAAAGACAGUCUCAACUAUCACUUGCAAAGCACAAUCUAGUUAAAAAUAUUUCAGACCACAUUCUUUAAUUGGGGACAUAAAAGAAUAAAAGAGAUCUUCCAACACAGAUAAAAAUUCAAAGAUAAAUUAUAACUGUGGAUUAAAACAUAGUAUUAAAGGAAAAGAAAGCCUUUUUUGUGAGCACCCAAAUAAUUCCUCCUCUGUAUACAAUGACACAAAAGCAUUUUCAGCUUUCAGGUUUCGACAAAUCCUGUUGUAACAACAACUCCCUCCCUUCCCCGCCUCUCCUUUCUUAAUUCUCCCACAGCUCAAAAAAUGAGAUGGAGAACCUGGUAUUUAUCUUCCAGCACCAUCAGCAGUUUCUACCUCAGAUUUCCAUGUUGCUCUUUAUCUGCAAGUUAACUUGUUGGAGCUUCGUCACUAAUACUCGGAAGCUGGGAGAUGAGCCUCACAUGUGUGGCUUCUCCUCCUCAGACACUUUCACUGGAAGACACUGACAGAGGGGAGUUAAGACACUGACGGCUCCUGACAAAAGCCUUUGUCACUUGGUUCUCUGCCACAGAGAGAAAGCUACAAUCCUGAUCAAAGAUAAAGGUGACGUCAUGGUGUCAGCUGGGCUGCAGCUCCUUGCUUUCGUCCUGGCCUUAUCCGGAGUGUCUGGAGUACUCACAGCCACUCUGCUGCCUAACUGGAAGGUGAACGUGGACUCGGGCUCCAACAUCAUAACGGCCAUCGUGCAGCUGCAAGGGCUGUGGACGGACUGCACAUGGUACAGCACCGGGAUGUUCAGCUGCACCCUGAAGUACUCCAUUCUGUCCCUCCCCGUCCACGUGCAGGCCGCACGGGCCACCAUGGUCCUGGCAUGUGUUCUGUCUGCUUUGGGGAUCUGCGCUUCUACAGUAGGUAUGAAAUGCACUCGCCUAGGAGGGGACAGAGAAACAAAGAGUCACGCUUCUUUUGCUGGCGGAGUCUGUUUCAUGUCUGCGGGGGUCUCUGGUUUGAUUCCAACAGUGUGGUACACGAAGGAGAUUGUAGCAAACUUUCUGGAUCUGACAGUUCCAGAAAGCAACAAACAUGAACCUGGAGGAGCCGUCUAUAUUGGAUUCAUUUCGGCCAUACUACUCUUGAUCUCUGGCAUGAUUUUCUGCACUUCCUGCAUUGAAAAGAAUCCAGAAGCUUGGCUCUAUCCACCCAAGCAGCAGCACAUCUCCACCACACAACCAGAGGGCAAUUCAGCAUACAACCUGAAAGAUUAUGUGUAAAUAGCUGAAUGAGCAUGGACUUUUAGAUGCCUGCUGUGACUUCUGUCUUUUUGCUUUAGAGAAAAAAAUCUAAAUGAGGUCACUUAAAAUGCCGACAAACUAUUAUGUACAAUUGUUUA